CUGGUCCAAGUAGCCCCGCCCGCCCGCAUCCUCACAGCUGUCAGAUUCGUAGAUUGGCGUGCCGUGAUGUCGCUUUCCGCUAUUAGGACGUUGAUGGAAUUAUAGCCGAACUGAAAGGGGGAAAACAUGUCUGAAGUGCGAAAAUUCACAAAAAGGUUGAGCAAACCUGGGACGGCUGCGGAGCUCAGACAAAGUGUGUCAGAGGCGGUGAGGACGUCCAUUGCUGUGGAGCAGCCGAAGAUCAUCGAGCCGCUGGACUAUGAAAAUGUGGUGUUCCAGAGGAAAGCUCAGAUCCACAAUGAUCCACAGAGAGACUUGCUACUGUGGCCGGCUGAUGAUGUAUCAGAGGCUCAGAUUAAUCGUCAAAGGAGAACAGUUGUUCCAUCAGUACCUCAAAAUGCUGAGAAUGAAGCUAAAAGCCUGUUCGCCAUAGAGUGCAUUAAGAUGUACAACACUGACUGGCACGUCAUCAACUAUAAUUACGAGGCGUACUCAGGAGAUUUCCGGAUGCUGCCGUGUAAAGGGAUGAAGAUGGAGAAGCUUCCGAGUCAGAUGUUUGAGGUUGAUGAGGGGGAGGAGGAUUCGUCAUCUCUGUGCUCUCAGAGAGGAGGUGUAAUGAUUCAGGGCUGGCUACAGAAAGCCAACAUAAACAGCAGUCUGUCUGUCUCCAUGAAGGUGUUCAAGAGGAGGUAUUUCUACCUGUCUCAACUUCCUGACGGCUCCUACAUACUGAAUUCAUACAAAGAUGAGAAAAACUGCAAAGAGUCAAAAGGCUCCAUCUAUCUAGACUCCUGUAUAGAUGUGGUUCCAUGUCCUAAGAUGCGGCGGAACGGCUUUGAGCUGAAGAUGCAGGAGCGUUACAGUCACUAUCUGGCGGCCGACAGCGAGGCGGAGAUGGAGGAGUGGGUGAGCAUGCUGAAACAGGCUUUACUGGAGGACAGGAGGAACGGAUCAGAGACCUCAGAAGGCUCUCUAGAUGAUGACAGCAGCAGUCAGGGGAAGCCAGAGAACCUUGCAGAGAGCUUUGGCCGAAGUCUUCAUCCAGAGCUAAUGAAGUACGCUAGAGAGACAGAGCAGCUGAAUAAAAUGAGCAGAAAUGAUGGCCGGCAGAAGAUCUUCACCCUCGAUUCUGAGACUCAGAGAUUAGAUUUCUCGGGCAUUGAGCCUGACGUGAAGCCAUUCGAAGAGCGCUUUGGACGAAGAAUCAUGGUCAGUUGUCACGAUUUGACCUUUAGCCUGCAAGGAUGCAUCAGUGAGAAGAAUGAUGGAGCACUAACCAAUGUGGAGCCGUUCUUCAUCAGCCUGGCUUUGUUUGAUCUGACCAAAGGCUGCAAGAUCUCUGCAGAUUUUCAUGUUGACCUGAACCCAGCAUGUGUGAGGGAAAUGCUUCUAGAAGUUUCUCCUCAGACACCGACAGAACCAGAAGCAGGAGACAGCAAUGAAACAGUCAGGGUCAACGGACACGGCCUGCCAGUUCUGCAGAGGGUCGCGGAGUCACUCUUACGCUUCCCCACUCAGGGGAUCUUCUCAGUUACUAACCCUCACACCAACAUCUUCCUGGUGGCACGGGUGGAGAAGGUUUUACAGAACGGCAUCACCCACUGCGCUGAGCCCUACAUUAAGACUUCUGACAUCAGCAAGACAGUACAGAAAAUCCUGAAAACUGCCAAACAGACCUGCCAGCGGCUAGGCCAGUACCGGAUGCCCUUCGCUUGGGCCGCCAAACAGGUGUUUAAAGAUUCCCAAGGCAGUUUAGACAUGGAUGGGAAGUUCUCUCCGAUCUACCGCCAAGACAGUAGCAAGAUAUCCACAGAAGACCUAAUCAAACUACUAACAGAUCUUAAGAAACCAGAGAAGAACAAGCUGCAGAUAAUCCCUGGACAAAUUAAUAUCACUGUCGAGUGUGUACCUCCAGACUUGUCAAACUCUGUCACGUCGUCUUAUAUCCCAGUGAAGCCAUUUGAGGAGCAAACAUGUGAGAGGGUGUCUGUGGAAGUGGAGGAGUUUAUCCCACAAGAGGCCAAAUACAACCAUCCAUUCACCACCUACAAGAACCAGCUCUACGUCUAUCCCCAGCAGCUCAAAUAUGACAAUCAGAAGACGUUUGCCAAGGCCCGGAACAUCGCAGUGUGUGUUCAGUUCAAGGAUUCUGAUGAGGAGGGAGCGGGGCCGUUAAAUUGCAUCUACGGCAAGCCAGGGGAGCCACUCUUCACCACCAGUGCUUUUGCUGCAGUUUUACAUCACAAUCAGAGUCCAGAGUUUUAUGAUGAGAUUAAAAUUGAGCUUCCUGUUCAUGUCCAUGAGAAGCACCACAUUCUCUUUACCUUUUACCACAUAAGCUGUGAGAUUGGCAACAAAACCACAGCCAAGAAGAGAGAUGGAGUUGAAACACUGGUGGGUUAUUCCUGGGCUCCUUUACUUAAGGAUGGCAGAAUACAGUCCUCAGAACUACAGCUUCCUGUGUCUGCUAAUCUACCUGCAGGGUACAUGUGUGACAAAAGCCAAGACUCAAAGAAGUCUUCCCCAGACAUCAGAUGGGUGGAGAAUUCCAAACUGUUAUUCAAAGUGCGAACAUAUGUAGCAUCAACAAUUUACACACAGGAUUUGCACCUUCACAAUUUCUUCCAGCAUUGCCAGCUGAUGAGGUCAACAUCACAGGGCAAUCCUGCUGAGCUCAUCAAGUACCUAAAGUGCCUGCAUGCAGUAGAAACUCAAGUCAUCAUCAAGUUCCUGCCUACGGUGCUUAUGCAGCUCUUUGAAGGGCUGACAAUGGCAAACAAAGAGGGUCAAGACAUUGCUGUCAACUCCACACGUGUAAUCAUUCACAUUGUGUCUCAGUGUCAUGAAGAGGGUCUGGAGCAUUACUUGCGCUCUUUUCUGAAGUAUGUUUUUCGGAUCAACUACGCAACUUCAGGAAACUCUGUGACGACACAUGAAGUUUUAGCUGCAGCAGUGACAGUCAUUCUCAAACAGACGGCAGACUCCAACACCUGCAACAAACUCCUCAAGUAUUCCUGGUUCUUCUUUGAGACUAUGGCCAAGUCAAUGGCUCAGUACCUCCAGCACAGCAACAGAAUGAAAAUGCCUCGAGCUCAGAGGUUUCCUGAUUCAUUCCACCAAGCACUGCAGUCUCUGCUGCUGUCUAUCAUGCCUCACAUCACUCUCCGCUACGUGGAGAUUCCAGAGGAGGCCCGCUGCAUCAACUUCAGCCUGGCCUGCUUCAUUAAGCGUUGCCUGACGUUUAUGAACAGAGGAUUUGCUUUCAGUCUGAUAAAUGACUACAUGUGUGGCUUCAGUCUGAAAGAUCCAAAGGUUCUAACAGAGAUGAAGUUUGAUUUCCUCACAACGUUGUGCAAUCACGAGCACUACAUUCCUCUAAACUUGCCCAUGGCAUUUGGCAGAACCAAGCUGCAGAGAGUCCAGGGUUUAAUUUCGUAUGCGGCGGAGUGUUUCGGUGUCGUAGAUCAGAGUCUGGAGUACAGUCUGACUGAGGACUAUUGUAAGAACCAUUUCCUGGUGGGUCUGCUGCUGCGAGAGGUGGCUGAUGGACUCCAAGGCUGCCCAGAAAUCAGGCAAAUAGCUGUGGCCACACUGAAGAACCUCAUGAUCAAACACGCCAUGGACGACAGGUACAAUGCUUUUAAGAACCAGCAGGCUCGCAUCUGUCUGCUCUACCUGCCACUGUUCGAGCUGUUGUACCAGAAUCUCAGUCAGAUGAACAACCCCAGGCAACUCAUUAGAAAUGGUCUCGGCUUCAUGUACCGCGAUAAUUCAUCAGUGACUGGGUCAGCGGACAGCCGCAGAGGCAGCAUCGUCAUUGAUAAGGAACAGGCCAGUGCUAUCCCCCAGAAAGACUUUGUGAGGAGAAUGGAAUCUAGAGGCUCUUUGUAUGGGGAUCCUGGUACUCCAGACAUCAAUGAGUUACACAGGCGUGGUUCCAAAAUCGGCACUUUGCCUGCCAUUGGCCAUCUGGGACAGUAUGAGAUCAGAGGGCUGCUUCUGUGUUACCUGCAUAUUAUAAGAACUUUAUCAGAUGACACAUUGAUGGCCUACUGGUCAAAAAUCAAUCCACAAGACAUCAUGAACUUCCUCAGUCUGCUAGAGAUCUGUAUAAUCCAGUUACGCUAUGUGGGUAGACGAAACCUCAGCCGAAACCAGGAGCCCUGGGUGUCAAAACUCUUCCCUUCAGACAGAAAGUCUCAGACCAUGCCAGUGCUGCGUUGUCGAGGAAGCCUCAUGCAGGCAAAGCUGCAGCAGUUCAGCACUAUGGACACCUCACUUACCCUGAAUAUGGCUGGUGGCCCCACAGAAGCGGAGAGCAACCAUCAGGCCUUGCUUGAGGGUAAUAUCUCGACAGAAGCUUGCCUUACAGUACUGGACGUCCUGUCACUCUUCACACAGAGCUUUAAGAAUCAACUGCUGGACAGUGAUGGUCACAAUGCUCUGAUGCAGAAGGUCUUUGACACAUACCUCACCUUACUGAAAGUCGGACAGUCAGAAACAGCAAUCAAACACAUCUUUGCCUCUCUGCGAGCCUUCGUCAUCAAGUUCCAGGUGCCUCUCUUUAAAGGCCGUGUAACGCUGUGUGGUUCGCUGUGUUAUGAGGUCUUGAAGUGCUGUAUGUCUAAACUAAGUGUCCUACGUGGAGAGGCAUCUGCCCUACUGUACCUGCUCAUGAGGAGCAAUUUUGAGUACACCAAGAGGAAAAGCUUCCUGCGCAUGCACUUACAGAUCAUCAUUGCUGUGAGCCAGCUUGUAGCUGAUGUGGCUCUAACAGGCAGCUCACGUUUCCAGGAGUCACUGUCCAUCAUCAACAACUUUGCCAACAGUGACAAAGCCAUGAAGACCACAACAUUUCCCUCCGAAGUGAAGGGCCUCACGAUGAGGAUUCGCACCGUUCUCAUGGCCACUGCUCAGAUGCGAGAGCACGAAAAAGACCCUGAAAUGUUGCUGGACCUUCAGUACAGUCUCGCCCGGUCGUACGCCAGCACUCCAGAGCUCAGACGCACCUGGCUGGACAGCAUGGCUCGAGCACACAUCAAGAAUGGAGACUUUUCCGAGGCUGCUAUGUGUAAUGUUCAUGUUGCUGCAUUAGUGGCAGAGUAUUUGCACAGGAAAAAGCUGUUCCCAAGUGGACUAGCAGCAUUUAAGAGAAUUACCCAUAACAUUAAUGAAGAGGCAGCCAUGAAAGAAGACAUAGGGAUGCAAGAUGUGUACUACACAGAGGAUAUCCUUGUGGAACAGUUGGAUGUGUGUGUUGAGGGUCUGUGGAAAGCUGAAAGGUUUGAGCUCAUAACACACAUCGCAAGACUCAUCAUUCCCGUUUACGAGAAACGACACGAGUUCGAGAAACUGAGGCGGUUGUAUGACACGCUGCAGCGAGCAUACGCUAAAAUAUUGGAAGUGAUGCAGUCUGGCCGACGUCUGCUAGGGACUCACUACAGAGUCGCCUUAUAUGGACAGGGCUUCUUUGAAGAAGAGGACGGAAAAGAAUACAUCUACAAAGAGCCAAAGCUCACAGGUCUUUCUGAAAUUUCCCAUCGCCUCAUUAACCUCUACGGAGAAAAGUUUGGAGCAGAGAAUGUCAAAAUCAUCCAAGAUUCAAACAAAGUAAACCAGAAAGAUCUGGACCCAAAAUUUGCCUACAUUCAGGUCACAUUUGUCAAGCCAUACUUUGAUGAGAAAGAGUUGGCAGAAAGGAAGACGGACUUUGAGAAGCACCACAACAUCAACCGUUUUUUCUUUGAGACGCCUUACACACUCACGGGGAAGAAACAAGGAGGGGUUGAGGAACAGUGCAAGCGGCGAACGAUACUUACCACGGCCAACACAUUUCCCUAUGUAAAGAAGCGCAUCGAGGUGGUGGCAGAGAAACAUUUGGAGCUGAAACCAAUUGAUGUGGCGAUAGAUGAGAUGAAAGAGAAAAGUGCUGAACUCACUAAACUCUGCUCAAAUCAAGAAGUUGACAUGAUCCAGCUCCAACUCAAACUACAAGGCUGUGUUAGUGUGCAGGUGAAUGCAGGACCGAUGGCCUACGCCAGAGCUUUCCUGGAUGAAUCCAAAUCAGGUCAAACCAACAAGAAAGUAAAAGAUCUCAAGGAAAUAUUCAGGCAAUUUGUUAGUGCAUGCAGUGUGGCAUUGGACAUUAACGAGAGACUCAUUAAGGAAGACCAGUAUGAGUAUCAUGAGGGACUAAAAGCAAAUUUCAAAAGCAUGGUGAAGGAGCUUUCAGAUAUCAUCCAUGAACAGAUCUACCAAGAGGAUAUGAUGUGUUCUCUGUUGCAGAACUCUCUUCAUGUGUUCAGCGCCAUCAGCGGAACCUCCAGUAACCUGGGCUAGAACCUUUCACUCAUUGUUCUUGACUAUCAGCUCAACUGAAUGUACAAAUCAAGUCACUAUAGGCCUUCAGCAAGCAUCCCUCUUGCUGCUAGAAUGUCAGCAUUUUAGAUGCCAUUAGUGCCAUGUUUUUACUUAUUGUGUACAGCCAGUACUUUUUUUUUUUUUAUUUGGGUUUGUGUAUAUAUUGCUUUUAGAAUUCUAACUGACAUUUUAAAGUCACCAUGAUAUCAAAAUUGACCCUGUCUACACUUUCCUGUUCUUACUAUGAACAAUUCACAUGUGCACGUUAUUUUCAAAGGAAAAAAAAAAAAAACGCUGUAACUUCAACUCUGCCGCUAAAACAAUUGUUGUCUGACAUCACCAUGUCCCACUUUUAGAAAAUAGCGACCACUUUUCAUGAUUGAAUCAAUUCCCGAUGGAUAACAUCAAGUCCCGUUCCACAUUUUUCUCUGAAAUAUGUUACAUAACAGAAGUAAAAUAGGUUGUGAAUAUGGUUUCACGUUGACUUAAAUUCUCUGUUGACAAUAUUUUGUAGAUCUUAGCCAGACGGUCCAUUUUAAUUUCAGGGAUGCCACUGGAAACUAAACUGAUAUUAAAAUUGCGGCGCAAACCAAAGAUUAAAUGGACAGUUAAUACAAUAAGCUUACAUUUCCAGAUUUCAUUUACAGUUGUAGCUCUUGAACAAAAAGUCACUAUCUGAAAAUGUCAGGUGGUCUUGAAGUCUAAAAAUGAGUCAUAGAGUAGCUAUAAACAUGAUUAUAAUUAUUUACUAGCAGGGCAAAAACACGUUGCACAAAAUGGUUUUGUUUACUUGGGAAUGCUUUUGUUUACUUGGGAAUGCUUUUGUUUACAUUGCCUUCAUUUAUGUUGAUGCCUGGUGCAAACUGCUUGAUGCAGUCAUGGUUGACACUUCAAGACAUCAGUGUUCCCAUUGCCAACUGUCAAAAACAAGAAUUUUAACUAACCACAACAGUAUGUGGUAAAACCAUAUGACCUGUUUCCCUAUUUUCAGUCAUGAAACGUAGUAGCAGUGGUUACUGAUUUUACUGAAGUUUGCAAGACUGAAAAUGGAAACAGGUUGAAAUUAUAUUAUAUAUAUGUACUGUAUGCAUAGCCAUUCAACAAGAGAAUGUUGACAAAGCCAACUUUGUUAUUCUACAGACUUGGUCUGUUGAUCGAUCGAUCUAUCUAUCUAUAAAAAUAAAAAAAAAGUUUGAUAGAUUGAUUGACUGAUCUAUCAAUCUAUCUAUCAAAGUUUUUUUUUUUUUUUUUAAA